GUAAUAAGAAGUUUCAUGAGAACUUCAGUUUAGUCUUUUCCAAAUUCCAAAAUAAACAAACAAAGACUAAAAUCAUAUCCUUGGAAAAUUGCUCUCCAUGCUUAAUAAUUCUAUAUAAGAAUCCUAUUUUCUAACAACACAUGCACACUACUAAGUAGGCAAAAAAUGCAUAAGCUUGUGUGUCUCUUCCUGCUACCUCUACUUUUCAUUUCCUGUGAUGCCAAUCAGGCCAGUUAUCUUCAAAAGCAUCUAAAGUCUAGAAGAUCACAGAAAUUCUCGACUUUGAAUUAUUGGUCGAAAAUCAAUGCGGAAAGUGAUUAUGUUCCAGCGUUUGUCGAGCCUCAAGAUGGAUUAAUGGAAGCUGAUAAGAUCACCAAGUUGCCAGGUCAGCCAGAUGACGUGGACUUUAACCAGUAUGCCGGAUAUGUCUCGGUGGGCCCAGCGGCCGGGAGAGCACUGUUUUAUUAUUUCGUCGAGUCUCCUAAUAAUUCAUUUGCUAAACCUCUUGUUUUGUGGCUCAAUGGAGGUCCAGGGUGUUCAUCAUUUGGAUAUGGAGCCAUGAAUGAGUUGGGUCCUUUCAGGGUCAGCAGUGAUGGCAAAACUCUAUUUCGGAAUUAUGAUGCAUGGAACAAUGCUGGUGUCGGUUUCUCGUAUUCAAACACGACAACGGAUUAUUUGAGAACAGGCGACAUAAGCACCGCUAACGAUGCUUAUACUUUCCUCAUAAACUGGCUCGAGAGGUUCCCUCACUACAAAAAUCGGGAUUUCUACAUAACCGGAGAAAGUUAUGCUGGCCAUUACGUGCCUCAGCUAGCUCACACCAUAUUGCUCGGCAACAAUCAUACAAACCAAACUGUCAUCAAUAUUAAGGGGAUUGCUAUAGGUAAUGCGUACAUAGACGACAAGACCAUGACAGCGGGUACCAUUGACUAUCUCUGGACUCACGCCUUGAACUCGGACGAGACUCAUCGGGAUUUGUUCAAGUUUUGCUAUUUCUCGAACAUGACAACAUAUGAUCAAUGUCUGAAUUCUAUAGAGAAAUCGUCUGAAGAAAUUGGAGAAAUCGACAAUUACAACAUUUAUGCACCAAUUUGCCGGGACCCAACGCUGAAAAACGGCUCAGCUGGCUCUGAUAAUUUCUUUGAUCCCUGCUCUGCUGUAUAUAUCAAGCAUUACUUGAAUACAGCUGAAGUUCAAAGUGCCCUGCAUGUAAACCCCACAAAUUGGAGUGGCUGCAGUUCCUUCGAAUGGACAGACUCGCCAAACACUGUUUUGCCGACAAUCAAGAAUCUCAUGGGUAGUGGCUUGAGAGUAUGGCUUUACAGUGGUGAUAUAGAUUCGGUUGUUCCGGUUACAGCCACGCGGUACGCAAUCAACAGCCUUAAGCUUCGGGUGAAGACUCCUUGGCGCCCAUGGUAUUUCGAGAAUGAGGUUGGAGGAUAUGUGGUUGGGUACAAAGGGUUAGAUUUUGUGACAGUGAGAGGAGCUGGGCAUCUUGUUCCCAACAAUCAGCCAAGAGGGCUCUUGCCAUGAUCUCAUCUUUUCUUCAUGGGACUUUGCCUCCAUCUUUUUAAUAAAAAGAGAAGUGUUACUAUAGUGAUUAAAAAAAAUUAUAUAUAUUAUUGAUAAGCAAACUAUAUAUGGAGAUGGCCCUUUUGAGAGCAUAAAUAAUGUUGUGAUUGGAAAUUUAUCUUUGUUAAACUGCCACAAGAAGUAAGCACUUACAUAGUUAUUAUAUAUGUAAUUUCUUGAGCAUUUCUGUUAUUUGGAUUUAUGUGGAUAUUUGGCUUGGCUUUGUGCGCUGACUAUUUAUGUGCUGUGUGCUGAAUUUUAUCACAAAUGAUAGUGUUACUUUUUAAAAAUAAUUGGGCCUUGCAGUUGUUCACACACGACAACAACGUUUUCUUAUGAAAAUCCAACCGUGAAAUUCUCAUUGGUACCCAAACAAAUUAAUAAAUAUCUUUCUUUGUUUAGCUAUUUACAACUCAACAUGUUGUAUUUUAGAAGGCAUACCUCAUCCGAAAACUCGUCUUGCUAGCUUUUAAAUGACAUAUCUUGAUUUGAAAUUUAAUAUUUGAUCGUCGAAAAGUUUAUGUCAAUUUUUUCCCUAUUCUUAAGUAUCACCUACCUUCUUUGAUGAUCGAUUACCAAUGAAUCAACUGUCUGAAACCGAUAUCAUGCUUAAUUUUAUUCAUCUCGUUAUGGACUUAAAAAACUCAUACCUCAAUUUGUUCAUCUCAU